AUGGCUUCACUCAUGCCUCUACCGCCGUUUGCCCCAGCCUCUGAAUCAUGGGACUCCUACCUUGCUCGGUUUGCUUGCUUCCUCCAAGCAAACGAGCUGAUGGAAGUGUCAGAGGAGCGUAAGCGGGGCCUAUUCCUCAGCCUCUGUGGGCCUGAGGUAUUCAAGACGGCCCGAGCAUUGGUUGCGCCAGUAGCAGUCCAGGCAGUGCCGUGGGACACGAUUCAAGAGAAGCUCUGCAACCACUACAUGCCUAAACCGUCCAAGAUUGCUGCCCGCCAUGCGUUCUACCAUCGGAACCAGGCAGAGGGGGAGUCAACCAACAACUCCACGGCUGCCCUCCAACAGGCUGCAUUGCACUGUGAGUUCCGAAACUUAGACUAUGCCCUGAUGGAUAGAAUCGUCUGUGGGGUCCAGGACAUCCGUCUGCAACAGGGUCUCCUCACCAAGCCAGACCUCACACUGCAGAAAGCCAUUGAGGAGGCCGCGGCCUCGGAAGCUGCUGAACUAUCCGCCCAGGAGAUCUGCAAGGCCAGCAGCCCGCGUCUUGCUAGGAAGCCAGUUCCAGUGCAUCACCAAGAUGCCAGCAGUGACGAGGCAUCCUCCAGUGAAGAUGAUGACAUGCACCAGACAAAGUGGGAGCUCGGGAAGUUCAAACAGAAGUCCAAGGGCCAAUUGGAAUGUGCCAGCUGA